AUGACGAUAUUACCACCCGUCUUCAGGGGCCCGUCGCCUCCCAUCCCCCCCGCCUCAUGCCCUCCCGUCCACCCCACUCCCAGCACUUUCCUCAUGCACCCCACCAUCCACCCACCCGACCUGCGUCGCUACCACCCCUCUCCCCACAAUCCCUCUUCCCCAAAACCUCCCGGGCACGUCGCCUCCCACGUCCGCUUUACGCCUCCUGCCAUCCCACGUCCCACACAUCCCCGCACCCCACCAUCCUGCCACCACCAAUCCCACACCGCCACCGAACGUCGCACCACCAUUCUCACCCAAUCCCCUCUUCCACUCCCUCCACAGGACACGUCCCCCACAGUCCCCCGCCGCAUCCAUGCACCAUCCCACGUCCACCGCCUCCCACGUCCCGCCCCCACCUCCUGCCACCAAUCACCUCACCACAUCCCACACCGCUGCCCUCCCCCCUCUCCCACCACAAUCACCCUCUUACCUCACAAACCUCCACGGACCUCGCCUCCCACGUCCACCCGCCACGCCUCACUGCCACCCACGUUUCCCCCUCCCACGUCCCCCGCCCACCUCACACACCACAAUCCCCCCACGUCCCACCGACCCGGCGUCACCUUCUCACCAUCCCACCUUCCCUAA